AUGCCCGUGUUCUUUAAAACCCUUCGAAGUCACUGGAAGAAAACAACAGCUGGGGUCUGUCUGCUGACCUGGGGAGGCCACUGGCUCUAUGGAAAACACUGUGAUAACCUGCUGAGGAGAGCGGCCUGUCAGGAAGCUCAGGUGUUCGGCAGUCAGCUCAUCCCCCCCAACGCACAAGUAAAGAAGGCGACCGUCUUUCUCAACCCCGCGGCUUGCAAAGGGAAAGCCAGGACACUGUUUGAAAAAAAUGCCGCCCCCAUAUUACACUUGUCUGGCAUGGACGUGACUGUCGUCAAGACUGAUUAUGAGGGCCAAGCCAAGAAGCUCCUGGAGCUGAUGGAGCACACAGACGUAGUCAUUGUCGCCGGAGGAGACGGGACCCUGCAGGAGGUUGUCACGGGAGUUCUCCGAAGAGCAGACGAGGCUUCCUUCAGUAAGAUUCCCAUUGGAGUCAUCCCUCUGGGACAGACCAGCAGUUUGAGUCAUACCCUCUUUGCCAAAAGUGGAAACCAAGUCCAACAUAUUACAGAUGCUACCCUCGCCAUUGUGAAAGGAGAGACGGUUCCACUUGAUGUCUUGCAGAUUAAGGGGGAAAAGGAGCAGCCCGUGUUCGCAGUGACCGGCCUUCGAUGGGGGUCCUUCCGGGAUGCCGGUGUCAAAGUCAGCAAGUACUGGUAUCUUGGGCCUCUCAAAACCAAAGCAGCCCACUUUUUCAGCACUCUUAAGUGUGGGGGGCAGAGUGGUCUUCAGAGCGUGAGGUGGUGCUGCUCACCGGGGGAUCAAAGAAAGAUGAAGGCAGCCCCUUCCCAAGAGUUGCGCCCCGAGGUCUGGAAGGAGGUGCAGCUGUCCACCAUCGAGCUGUCCAUCACGACGCGGAACCGGAUGCUGGACCUGGCGAGCGACGAGGACUUCAUGAACAUCUGCAUCGAACCCGACACGGUCAGCAAAGGAGACUUCAUCACUCUCGGGAGCAAGAGGGUGCGCAAUCCCACCCUGCGUCCCGCCGGCACCGAGUGUUUCCAGGCCAGCAGGUGCAAGCUGCGGCUGCCCGAGGGAGCAGGGGGCUCCUUCAGCAUCGACAGCGAAGAGUACGAGGCCAUGGCCGUGGAGGUCACACUGCUGCCCCAGAAGCUGCACUUCUUCUGUGACCCGAGGAUGCGGGAGCAGGCGCUGCCGGGGCCGGCCCCAGCGAUGACGGAGCCAGAGGGGCCCGAGGCGGCCCCAUAG